AUGUAACAAGUAAGAUUCAUUGUUACCACCUUAUAUAACUAAUUAGGCUUGUAAAAAUUCAUUAUUAUAAUGAAAGAAAUGCUGUGCUUGUUCUUGACAACAGCCCUAUUCAUAAAUCAAAAUUGGUUUAAAAAUUAUUAACUGCAAAACCAUAUCUAUUUUUACCACCAUAUUCUCCUUAACUCAAUCCUAUAGAAAAAAUAUGGAAUAUAUUUAAGUAAUUUAUAAGAAAAAAUUAACAAGUGCCCACUCAGAAUUUACAUAGAAUGAUUCAUGGUCAUUUCAAUUCAAUUACUAAUGAGUAAUUAGAGAAUUAUUUAUGGUCUUUGCUAAAAGAAUUGAAGAAAUCAUUGGAUUCUGUGGAUUAUUGA